AUGCAUUUGGCAGAGCCUGCUGAGAGACUAUGGAAGGCAAAGUCUAAUGUCUUUGGCACUAAGUUCACUGUGUUUGAUAAUGGAGUCAAUCCAGAGAAGACACCAAUGGUGCCAGAAAAUAUGAUGCUUCGGGAAGAGAUAGUAGCUGUAUGUUAUGAAACAAACAUUCUUGGAUUUAAAGGACCACGGAAGAUGACAGUGAUUAUCCCAGGAAUGAAUCUGGAUGGUGAGAGAGUUUCCAUUCGACCCAAGAAUGAACACGAGACUUUGCUGACACGUUGGCAGAAUAAAAACAUGGAGAAUAUAGUUGAGUUGCACAACAAAUCUCCCGUCUGGAAUGAAGACACUCAGUCUUAUGUCCUUAACUUCCAUGGGCGUGUGACACAGGCUUCUGUGAAGAAUUUCCAAAUCAUCCAUUCCAAUGACUCUGAUUACAUUAUCAUGCAGUUUGGCCGAGUGGCUGAUGACAUCUUCACUAUGGAUUAUAACUACCCGAUGUGUCCCAUUCAGGCCUUUGCCGUGGCCCUCUCUAGUUUUGACAGUAAACUGGCAUGUGAGUAGAUUCUCACACGCCGCCAGCGGACAGGAACUGGACAAGAUCAAUCUUUGAAUUUCCACAAGACCAGGAAAGUAGGAGAAGAUACAAGCACAGGAGCUGUAUAAUAGAGAGAUCCAGGAAUAUUCUGCAGAUUUAUCAGAAUCUCUGACCCUAAACCUGAGACAAUGUUUGAAAAACGUCAGAAAUUGGGGCAGGUUUAAUGAAUAUUCAUGUUAAAUGCUUGUGCCGUGAACUUCUGUGUACCUUGUCUAUGGCAUUAUCCAAAUGUUUGUACAAUGUUUUCUCACAAUCAGGUAUUAUUGAUCCUCUACCACAUUAUGCAAUAACUAGACAGGUUGUAAAUGUUUGGUUUAAUCAGGAAUAUGAUGAUAAUGUCAAAAUGGGUGAGGAGCUGCAUCAGGCAAGAGCAGUAAACUCUUUGGUAAGUUUCUCCAAAAUUUAGUAUGUGGAACUGGUACAUGCACACAGUUUAGAGUCCCAGAGUGAUAUAGCACAGAGGCCAUUCAUCCCAUAGUGUCAGUCCUGGAACCAGCCAGAAUAUCUUUUCUGCCGGUUGCUAUGGUGUUUUACGCCUGCCUGAGAAAGGCUGCACUUUUCCAUUUAUUUAAUCUUGUCCUCUACAGAUUCUUAAAUCCAUACCCUGGUCUCUGCUGCCUCUGAAACAAUUGAAACAUUUUCUAUUGUUCAAAGACAUCAUCGUGGCCGGCCCAUGGUGAAUUUUUUUAAAAUCUCAGGUCAAAACUUUUGUCCAUCUCAUUCCAACAGCGAAUGUUCAGAGGCUGGUGAGGGAACUCUGGCCCAGACCUAUUUGACUGGAAAAUAUCCCAUUCCUCAUCUUUGAAAUGCUGACCACAAGAAGCAGAAUCACAUCAAAUGUCUUCAACAAAAUCCAAUCGAAUCAGAGUUAACGACAAUCCCCAACUAAACCUCCAUCCAAAUCACAUUGCAUCAAACCCAGCCCCAGGUAAACGAAGCUCCAUUUCCCCUCAGGAAUGUUGGGAGGAUUUCAGGGAAGGGGACUGGGUGGUUUUACAGAAAUUCCUUUAUUUCUUUGCCAGCGUUUGUUUUGUAUCAACUGCCUUCACUUUCACAUCUUCCCUGCCCCUUACUGGGGUGAAUUUGAUCACUGCAGGAAUGGGCUAAAAUGGGAUGGGAAUGGGGUUAGUGAGAAUGGAAGAAGA